ACGAGCAGGGAGGAGCUUCAGAGAAAAGGAAUAGGGCUUUAAGAAAAAUGGUUGAGAAAUUAUAAUCUUAGAUUUAUUCUACUGACUGAAAGGGGGUUAUCUUUUUCUUCUUUUCCCCAUUCUCAUUCUCUGUGACUAAAAACCUAGGGAAGAUAACUGAAACUUUGCAUGAGUGAGCUUUGUGGAUUUAUGCUUAAAUUGAGAUGCUGGUGUUAAUGGGGUUGGUUGGUUUUAUAGGCGAGAUGGAGAAAUCCUUUUUUUUUUUUUUUUGCGGUUCUUCCAUUAGAAGUUGUUUGAAGAAAUUGUUUUUCUUACUCAACUGCUCAAAAUGAUUCCUUAUCAAUUGACGGGUUUGUACAUCAAUCUGAAUGCAUGUUUAGUUAGGUACUUGUUGUACUUUCUUCCUUGAAUCAAAAGAAAGAAAUUAGGGUUCUUAUGAACCUAGAGUUUUGUAGAUUGGGAAUUAUUAAACUUCAAUUCAGGUGAUACCAAAGGAUGGGAUAUCCACGGUAUAUGUAAAUUUCAGAGUUAUCAGUUCUAGUUGUGUAAAUUGGUAAGGUUGAAGGCUUAGUAAUAUUGGGUUUGUUUGAAUUUGAGUUUACUGUGUGCCAUUGAGAUAUGCAUAUGUGAAUAUAACAUGUUUGUAAUAUUGCAUCUACUAAAAUUCAUACUUUUUUAUCAAUACUUGCAACUAACCUUAAUGUCUUUGUGGAGAUUUUUCUAAUGAAUUCAUUGCAUUAACAGUAGGAGGUACCUCGUACCCAUAAUAAGAAAAUCAGUAGAUGUUUUGGAUUAUCAUUGGAUUGCUCAUAUGCGUUGAUGUCAACGGUAGAUCUUGUUCUUUUGCUAAAAUGCAUGAGGUGUCGUUUAACACCGAGUAGACUAUCUACAUUUCUCAAGGGUUGUUGUUCAAUUUUUAUGACGUAUGGAUUGGGUUCAGCAUCAGUGAGGAGAGUUGGAGCUUGCCAAGUGACCCGUAACUCGACACGCUGGAAGCAAAAUUCUCUGGUCCGUCACAGUUGGUAUCAGAGCGGUUCCGGUUCAUACGGGACUGUACAAUUGGAACUCACCGGUCUUCCACUCUUGCGACGAUUAAAGGUACCUCGUACCCGUAAUAAGAAAUUCAGUAGAUGUUGUGGAUUAUCAUUGGAUUACUGAUAUGCGUUGAUGUCAACGGUAGAUCUUGUUCUUUUGCUAUCCUUCACAGACUUGCUUUAUGUCUUCAGUUUAUCUUCAUACACAUUAUUCAUACCUGGUAAUGAUAGACUAUUUUGGAAUUUUUAUUAUUUGCCUGUAGACCUCAAUA